AAAAAUAUCCUUAAGGAGUAAAGAGUGCUAAAAGAUGUCUUCCGCACCAACAAAACGAAAACGAAACUUAAGAAAUGCAACCGUUUCUUCAAGUAGUAGCAGUGCUUCUGAAGACGACGAAGAUACCAGGGAGAAAAUGGAAGCAUUGCGUAGUCUACAAAAGAUGCGAUCAUAUCAACAUGGAGUCAGUGCAGCAAGUUUAGCAUUAGGGAAAAAAAUACCAAAAACCGAAGAAGUUUCGGAUGCUGACCCAUUCAAAAUGAAAACUGGAGGAAUUGUUGAUAUGAAAGCUUUGAAAAAAAAAUCUCUUAAGGGGGAAGAAGUUGAAGCUAUUGGAACAGCAUUUGCAGCAGAAACAAAUAGACGAGAUGAAGAUGCUGAAAUGUUGAAAUACGUUGAAGAAGAACUUGCAAGACGCAAAGGACAUCAUAAACAAGAAGAAUCUCUUAGUAACAAGCAAAAGUCACAAACAGAUUCCUUGUAUGAUUUACCAGAGCAUCUAAAAAAGUAUUCUUCAGAAAAAAAGUCAGAAGAUAUGUUGUCAAAUCAGAUGCUCUCAGGUAUCCCAGAGAUUGAUCUUGGCAUAGAUGCAAAAAUAAAAAACAUUGAACUGACAGAGGAAGCUAAACAGAAACUUCUAGAAGAGAGAAAAAGGCAGCGUGAUAACAUGCCUUCUGACUUUGUUCCAACAAAUGUUGCAGUAAAUUUUGUACAGCAUAAUCGAUUCAAUAUAGAUGAUAACAAGCCAAAGUUUGUAAAAAAAGUAGAUGAACCAAAACCUGAACCUGUUAGAGUAGGAGAUAUUAAUAAGGAAACACUUUCUUCUGAGCCCAGCAUUUCUGGAAAGAAGAAAAAGACAACUGAAGAAAAAGCAACUGAUGACUUUCAUUUUGAGAAAUUCAAAAAACAGAUGAGGCGAUUUUAAAACCAACAGUCUGCAACUCCCAUGGCAGUGUACUUCCCUGUUUGGAAACGUAGUUUACAGUUUAAAACAUGGAUGCUAAGUAUAUUAUUUUGUAUUAAUAAAUGAACAUUGUUGACAA